GGAGAGAAGACCCAACCCUAGCAGAGGUAGGAAGAAAGCCUAGAGAGAAACCAUAGUAAAGGCAGCUAGGAGAUCAAAAUGCCGAGCAGUAGAAAAUAAUUAAAUAUAAGUUAAACAUAUAUAUUUCAGGUUAAUAAAAUAAUUAAUGAGUUGACUAAAUAAUUGAAGAAAUAAUUAAUAUUAUUACAAUUUUAAUAAGUUCGUUCACAUGUUUCUUCUUUGUUUCUCACGCAGUCUAACUGAAACACCCAUUUUUUUUUUCCAUCCCCAGAACCAGUUUCAAAAAAAAGCACCCGAUUUGGUGGGGAAAUCAAAUCAUUCCCAUUUUCUUUUUUCUUUUUAAGGAAAAAUCAUAAUAGUAAAGAUGGGUAUAUUGGAUCUGGAAAAGCAAUUUUCUUUCUAUGGAGCUUACCACCACAACCCAAUCAACAUAGCCAUUCACAUGUUACUUGUGUGGCCUAUCUUCUUUACGGCUCUCUUAAUCCUCUAUUUCACUCCCUCUUUCUUUAACCUACCUCAAAUCGAGUUGUCCAUUUUUGAGAUUCAUUGUUUUCUGAUUCUAAAUUUUGGGUUUCUUAUAGCUAUUAUUUAUUCGCUGUUUUACAUAGCUUUGGAAGUCAAAUCUGGCUCUUUGGCUGCUCUUCUUUGUAUGACUGCUUGGAUUUUAAGCAGUUUUCUCGCUCAAGUUCUUGGAUUUUCUCUCACUUGGAAGGUUGUUCUGAUUACUCAAAUUGUGUGUUGGAUAGGCCAGUUUAUUGGCCACGGCGUGUUUGAGAAAAGGGCUCCAGCUUUGUUGGACAACCUCGUACAAGCCUUCAUAAUGGCUCCCUUCUUUGUGUUGUUGGAGGCUAUGCAAAAGUUCCUAAACUAUGAGCCUUACCCAGGAUUUCAAGCUAAAGUAGAAGCACUAAUCGAUGCUGAGAUCAACGACUGGAAGGAGAAGAAGCAGCUAUUGAUUUCAUAAAUAGUAGGAUAAGAGAACAAACUUGACUUGUCAUUCCAAGAUGUGAAUUUCCUAUUUAAUAGGAAAAUUUAAGGAAUAUUUACACAUUCUAUUGCUUUUAAAAUUUUAUUUGCAAGAAAUUGGAACCAA